UCCUCCUCCUCAGAAUGUCCCCUCCUCCUCCUCAGCAGAGAUCCCCACCACCUCCUCCAGUGCCCUCCUCCUCAGGGUCCUCCUCAGAGCUCUUCUUCCUCUGAGUGCCUCCUCGGAUUCCUGCAGGGCUCCAGACACCUCUUGCCUCUCCUCUGCUGAGCUUCAGAACGCACCACACAGUGGCUGGAGUAAGAACCAAGAGGUGUUUCCAGAAAAAAACCCUGAGAGCAUCAGGACAGCCAUGAGGCUGCUGACUGGGGCUGAGCUGUGGUCCGUAGUCAUAUUCAUGGCUAUCUUCCUGCUUCUGGUGGACCUAAUGCACCGGCGCCACUGCUGGACUGCCCGCUAUCCGCCAGGCCCUACGCCAUUGCCUGUGCUUGGAAACCUGCUGCAGGUGGACUUCCAGAAUAUGCCAGCAGGCUUCCAAAAGCUGCGAAGCCGCUUUGGGGACCUGUUCAGCCUACAGCUGGCCUUUGAGCCAGUGGUUGUGCUAAAUGGGCUAACAGCCCUGCGUGAGGCCCUGGUGAGAUACAGCGAGGACACCGCUGACCGGCCGCUACUGCAUACGAGCGACCACGUGGGCUUUGGACCACGCUCUCAAGGUGUGGUCCUAGCACAGUACGGCUCUGCCUGGCGUCAGCAGCGACGCUUCUCCGUGUCCACCUUUCGUCACUUUGGCCUGGGCAAGAAGUCACUGGAGCAGUGGGUGACUGAGGAGGCCAGAUGUCUCUGUGCUGCCUUCGCUGACUAUAACGGACUCCCUUUCAGCCCUAAUGCUCUGUUGGACAAAGCAGUGUGCAAUGUGAUAGCAUCCCUCCUGUAUGCCUGCCGCUUUGAGUACGACGACCCACGCUUCAUCAGGCUGCUGGACUUGUUGAAAGAUACUCUCGAGGAGGAAUCUGGCUUCCUGCCUAUGUUCCUGAAUGUGUUCUCGGCGCUCCUGCACAUCCCAGGGCUGCCUGGCAAGGUCUUCUCUGGAAAAAAGGCCUUCAUGGCCAUGCUGGAUGAGCUGCUGACUGAGCACAAGAUGACCCGGGACUCUACCCAGCCACCCCGAGACCUGACUGACGCCUUCCUGGCCGAGGUGGAGAAGGCCAAGGGGAAUCCUGAGAGCAGCUUCAAUGAUGAGAACUUGCGUAUGGUGGUGGCUGACCUGUUCAUGGCAGGGAUGGUGACCUCUUCGACCACACUGUCGUGGGCCCUGCUGCUCAUGAUCCUGCACCCGGAUGUGCAGAGCCGUGUCCAAAAGGAAAUCGAUGAUGUCAUAGGGCAGGAACGGCAUCCAGAGAUGGCAGACCAGGUCCGCAUGCCCUUCACCAACGCUGUCGUUCAUGAGGUGCAGCGCUUUGGUGACAUCCUCCCACUUGGGGUGCCUCACAAGACAUCUCGUGACAUUGAAGUGCAAGGCUUCAUUAUCCCUAAGGGGACGACCCUCAUCACCAACCUGUCCUCAGUGCUGAAGGACGAGACCGUCUGGGAGAAGCCCUUCCAUUUCCAUCCUGAACACUUCCUGGAUGCCCAGGGCCACUUUGUGAAGCAGGAGGCCUUCAUGCCAUUCUCAGCAGGCCGCAGAGCAUGUCUGGGGGAGCCCCUGGCCCGCAUGGAGCUCUUCCUCUUCUUCACCUGCCUCCUGCAGCGCUUUAGCUUCUCGGUGCCCGCUGGGCAGCCCCGGCCCAGCGACCAUGGGGUCUUUGGUGCUUUGACAACUCCAUCCCCCUACCAGCUCUGUGCUUUUCCCCGCUAAGAGGAGAUAUGAAAUCUCACACAUUGUCCUGCUGGGGUUCUAACGUGCAAUAAAUCAUUUUCUCUGAACUAAA